AUAUAUAGUUCCAAGGAUAACUUGCUUAAGACAAAAGAGAGCUAACUCUUGUCUUGUUUUCUUCUAUAAUUUAAUAUAUGGAAAAUUACCAAUAUGAGAAGAAGCCAAGAGUUCUGUACCUCCAUGGCCAUGCAACUAGUGCUAAUAUAUUGAAGAAAGAAUUGGUACUUGGUUGGCCACAAUAUUUACUUGAUAAGCUAGAUUUGGUGUUCUUGGAUGCACCUUUUUUACUUCAAGAUAAAGUGGAUGCUCAUGACAUUUUUUAUCCACCCUACUAUGAAUGGUUCCAAGCUACUGAGGAUUACAAGGAAAUUUACAAUUUUGAAGAAUGUAUUCAAUAUAUUGAAGCUAACAUGGAGAAGUAUGGACCAUUUGAUGGUGUUUUAGGUUUCAGUGAGGGAGCAAUUGUAACUGCAUCAAUGCCUGGAAUGCAAAGGGAUAGAGUGGCUCUAACCAAAGUCCCAAAAAUAAAAUUUGUGAUGUUAAUAGCAGGGGCCAAAUUUGGAGGAGUCGCAUUGGGAUGUCCCAAGCUUGCUUCUAAUGCAUUUGCAUCUCCAAUUGAGUGUCCAUCUUUGCACUUCAUAGGUGAAAAGGAUCCUCAUAUACUAAAUGAAGAAGAACUUGCGGGGUGCUUCGUGAAUCCUGUAGUGAUUCAUUACCCUGAGGGCCACAAAGUACCAAAUCUAGAUGCUGAAAGAACAGAAACUGUGAUAGAAUUCAUCAACAAAGUGAAGAAAAUCAAGAUGCCAUUGCAGGGAAACUCAAAAUUGUAACAACAAAGCUAGCAAAUGUAAUUUGUAACUAUAAUUUAAAUUUAAAUCCAUUUAGUUUGAAAAC